GUCCAGCGACGAAAGACGACGAAGACUCCAAAAACAACGAUGAUAGCUCCAGUGACGACAGCGAAAAAAAAAGAAACAAAAGGAAACAAAAAUCGAAAAAAAAGACUCCAAACAAAAGCCUAAACGAAAGCCCAAGCGAAAGUCCAAGAGAAGUCCAAGAAAAAGUCCAAGGAAGUCCAAGCGAAAAUCCAAGGAAGUCUAAGCAAAAGUCUGAAAGAAAGUCCAAGAAAAUCCAAAUGAAAAUCCAAGCGAAAGUUCAAAUGAAAAUUCAAGAUAAAGUCCAAAGAAAAGUCAAGAAAAGUUCAAAUGAAAGUCAAGCAAAAGUUCAAGAAAAUGUCUAG